GCCGGUUCGGUACCGGGCUCCCCUGAGCGCGGACAAAGUGUCCGCCCCGUCGGCCGGUGUGCGGCUUCCAGCCAUGGCCGAGGUGGGCAGCAAGUUCCGCGACAUCCAGCGCUACCUGUCCGAUGGCCGCUUCCCCCCGACCUUCUCCCCGGCCAAGAAGAAGAACCUGAAGCGCUACGCGCAGAAGUUCCUGCUGGAAGGAGGCUGUUUGUACUACGUGGGGCCAAAGAAGGAUGAAAAGAGAGAGGUGGUGGUGGACCGAGAGAAGCGCCGGCAAAUAUUCCUGGAAUGUCACUUCUCCGAUGUCGGCUGCCACUUGGGCCAGAAGAAAACUGUACACAGGAUCCAAAGCCGCUAUUAUUGGUUGGGGAUAGUGAAGGAUGUUGUAGACUGGAUUAAAAUGUGUGAUACCUGCCAGCACGCAGAGCACUACAAGAAUGUGUCUCGCAAAUUUCAACCCUUGAAAGUGACAAGACCGUGGGAAAUUCUUGGCCUUGACCUCACUGGUCCUUUCCCAGAAACUGUCCGCGGGAAUACCUACCUACUGACUGUCACUGAUUAUUUUACAAAGUGGGUUGAAGCAAUUCCAAUACAAAAAAGAGAUGCCUUGUCUGUAGCUGGGGGUUUGGCUGCUACUUUUUACAGGUUUGGGGCUUCAAAAGAGAUAUUCUCCAAUGAAAGCAGAAUAUUUUGUGAUGAGGUGAACAAAAGUUUAUUUGAACGUUGGAAUAUUAAUCACAAAGUGACCCCCGCUGAACAUCCGCAGCACACCGGCCUCGAUGACAGAACCAGUGAGAUACUGAAAGCAGCAAUUAGAAAUGCAGUGAAUUCCAAGCAGAAGGACUGGGAUAACUGUUUGGACCCAAUCCUGUUUGAAUUUCGAACAUCAGUAAAUUCAAGUACUAAGUUUACGCCUUUCUUUCUGCUCUACAACCGAGAAGCACAGUUAUCAUCUGAGGGAGAGUUUGAAAUUACACAUGAGUACAGAUUGCCAGAUAACUGUGCCAUCAAGACAGAAAGUAUAGACGAGUUCACUACUUCUAUGAAUGAGCAACAAAAUGCAGUUAAAGAAAUGGUGAUCGCUAAUCUGGCUGCAGCUCACAAACGGGAGAAGAAGCAUGCCAAGAGGAAAGCCAGGAAAGAGAUCCAUUUUACCACCAGUGGGGAAACGUUUCCCAGAAACACCAAUCCAGCUAGCAAAAAAACAAAAAAAAGUCACUUUCUUUCUUUUCAAAUUGAAACAACUUUGUCCUCUGAGCACAGUGUGAGCGGUGGGAUGGCGUGAAGCUGCUUUUCAAGAUUUGUAUAUAAUGUCCAAGGGACUGAAGAGAAUUUCUUUUGGUGAAGUCUUCCUAGGAAGCUGAUCCCAGCAAGUGGAUUGCAGACAGCAAUGCAAGCCCCAGCUGUGGAACCAGGUGCCCAGCGCCGGGCCCAGCACCCGGGGGCAGGUGCCCAGCGCCGGGCCCAGCACCCGGGGGCAGGUGCCCAGCGCCGGGCGCAGCACCCGGGGGCAGGUGCCCAGCGCCGGGCCCAGCACCCGGGGGGAUGUGCC